AUGGCUGACUCCUUACGUCGUCCUUCUAAUGGUGAUUCUUGGUCCGCCGUUCAUCACCUAAGGCCGUCCCUCUCCAGUGCUCCGCUCUCUGUUACGUGGAGACGUCUUGGUGAAGGCUUGGAAUCGCUGCUGUCUGGCAUGCAAGAUCAUCAAAAGGAAGAGAGCGUCAAUUACCUCAUGCACUGGCUGCAGCAAGUGACUGUGGAACAAGAUUCCACUUCUAUGCAGGAUUCUGACGUGGCGGAGUAUGGUAAUAAUGACUUUAGAGCUAUUCUGCAGCAGCUGGAGGUGAUUGCGGGAAUCGGCUCACAAGAAGUGGCCUCCGGAUCCAGUUACUGUGACCCUGUGGAUCUGGUGGGAAGCUUUGGUGAGCUGAGCGAAGGGCCUGCUGCUCUAAACGACAGUGGAACGGAGUUGUAUGCCAGCAACAGCAGCAACAGUAACAGCAGCGAUGGGCUUGGGAGAUUGGCUUGUGUUUCUGAUGCUGCUGGCAAGGCACGGAAGGGGCGCAAUCCAGAGCGCAACGAAGUGCAUCGUAAUGGAGAGAGGAGCCUUCCUGGGAUGGAUAAGAAAGCUGGUCUGACGAAUGUUCCUGCCAGGAGGAAUGGAAUUGGACGGAGGCAUGGAGCUGAACAAGAGAUUAUGGCAGAGAGCAGUGGAACUGAAGCUGAGAAAAGCUGCAGGGAGUCUGAGGAAGGCGAGGUGGACGAGGAUGAUGAGGCUCCUGUUGGAUUGAGAGCGUACAGCAGCGUAUGGAGCAACGUCCACAGCGUGAACUGGCUGGCGACCAGGCGGACCUCUGAAGACAGCUUUCUGGGGAACCAGUCCAGUGGGAGGAGCUCAAGUGCGAGGCCUUCUCAUGCUCGGAGACCCAACGGCAGGUCUGCGAGUGGAAGGAGGUCGACGACAGAUGUGAAGGGUGACGAUAGAAAGAGUUCCAGCAGCGUCAGUGUUCCUGGAGGAAAGAACUUCGGAGAACAUGAUGGAAUUACACUGGCUGCUGUGCAAGCGUCUAGUGUUAAUUUGCAAGGACCACGUGAACUCUCUGGUUCUGCUGCAGCUGGAGAGCUUUCAGAAGAGGAAGGGCCUUAUCCUUCAAUGCCACAACCACAGCUGCUGUCGCAGGACCGGUCUAUCUCCCUCUCCUCCUUCCUCACAGAUAUUUCGUCAUCCGAUGCAGGCUUGCCCGACUUUGCUCUCUCUCCUCUUCAAGCAUCCCCUGCUACCUCCUCCCACGGCUCCCAGCCUCAGUCAGAUAAUGGCUCACCCCGCCCUCCAUCCUCAGAUGACGACCUUCCUCUCCCGACACUUCAACGCAGAUCAACAGAGUGGGGGAAGCUGCAGCAGUCCUUGGGCUACGAAACAGGAGUUGUGGCUGGCUGCUCUUCAGCAAGCACUGAACCUGACCCGACUUCCCAGCUGCCUAUACUUCCUCCCCCUCCUUCCACACUUGUCCCUCCUGGCCUCGCUGCUUCUCUUACAUCCUCCCAGCAUCCGAGGUCAUCUGCGAUUCUCAUUCCUUCGCCUGCUAGCAUGGCCUUCUCCCCUCUCUUGCCCUCCUCCCUUGGGCUUCAUGAGCCGGAUAAGCCAAAUACAGACACCUUAUCACACACACUCACACUGCCGCCAAAAUUACUCUCGUUUUCCAAUCCAUCUGCAUCCUCUGACAGUGAGGCUGGCUCACCCCUGCAUCGAAGCACCAAAGCUCGGGAAAGUCUUCACUCGUUUUCAGAUCCAGACGUACCUCUGCCCAAGCUUCAGGGCACUGGCACGAGCAGUCAUGCUGGUGAAGGCACAAUUGGAUUACUUCACAAUGAGGAGGAGAUGCCUGCAGAGGGGAUGAAUGCAACAACAACACUUGCUGCUUCUGAUACGAGAAUCUCCAUAGCUACUGGAUUUAUGGGGAGUGUAGGAGCUGAUAGUGGUGCUGGGACCAGUACCUAUGCUGAUAUACCUGGUCCAAGCAGCAGGAGAUCUUCUGAGUUUUCUGGCGUGGGAUUGCUGACUGGAGGAGGGGUCACAUGGGACGAGACGGAGGAAGGCAGUACGCUUUUGCCCUUGGCGGGAGAGGCAGAUGAUGUGCGUGAUGGCGUUUCCGGCAUGGAGUUUGGAGGUGGUCUGGAUGCUGCUGCUGCUGGAGGGUCGGACGGGUUGGAGAAUUGGGAUGAAAAGGCCAGUGGGGAUGAUGGACAGACAGCAUCCAUGGGGUCUGGAGGAGUAGCUUCUGAACCAGGCGGUACUGCAGCUGGUACAGUACAAUCUGGUGGUGGGGCAAUAGGAGCUGAAGCUGUGGAUUUCGAGCUGAUACAAGCAAGCGGGCGGAAUAAAGCGGUUGCAGAGGAGGCAACCCCUCGCCUCUCAGCAGUCCUGCAAGUCCUCCAGUCUGCCCGCCAGAAGAUACGAGCUGUCACUGUUCCACCCCAGCUGCAGCCAUCAGCAACAGCUGGUGCAGUUUUUGGAUUCCAGGAGACUGUUGCAUCAUCCUCGCUGCCAAUCCCACGCAAGUCUCCAUUGGGGAAUUCACCUCUCAUAGAUCAUCCACCAGGCCCUUCCACUACCGAAUCUCGAAACCCACUUACUGACAGCUCUGUGCAACCUCUGGUGGCAGUCGCAAGCAGGGGAAGCUCUCAGCCUGGUCGGCACUCAAAUUCCUCUCAUACAGCUUCGAAGCUGCGGCAGCCAGCCACCACCUCACAGAGUCGCAAUUCUCCUGCCAAAGAGGUAGCGAGCUCUGGAUCAACAAAAGAGAGAGCAGAGUUGCAGACUGCAGGUGAUCCUGGUCUUGUAGCUGGCACGAACACGGUGACGUCUGUUUCUGCAUUGAGAGAAGUGGUUCGCGCACGGAGGGAGAAACAAACUGGCGCUAGCAGUGGACGGAAGUCAAGUGCGGGACUCAGCAAGAAAGCUUCUGGUACAGGUGCUUCUGCCAAUGCAGGAUCAAGUCCUGCCACAGGUGCUGCUAUACCCCUGGAUGUAGCAUACUAUGAGGACAAAGGCUCUCAAUCAGGCUCUGGUUCGGAGAGAAGCCGAAGCAGCAAGUCACGGAGAGCUGGCAAUGGUGUUGGAAGUCGUUCUUCUCGAAGUGGGGAGAAGCAAGCAGGGAAAGGGAAGGCGAGGUCUGAUUCGGUUGCUGUGACUCAUGAUGUCUCGACUGCUGAUGAGGCAGAUGAGGGCAUUGUCCCGCUAAGGCGAUCCAAGAAUUCAUCCAGUCACCAGCGGUCAUCACCAGGGAUGCUGAAGCAGGGACGUGGUGGAGAGUCGUUGCAGGGAAGCCAGUCAAGCCCAAUGAAGCAUGCUGGAAGUUCUAAGUGA